GAACAAUCCCACAAAGUCGGGCACAGCCCAUCCAGGGACCGACAACACCAGAAACACCAGCAGCAAAAAUGCCUCAAUCCGCCUCCGCCACCUCCUCCGUGGCCGCAAGCCCCCCCGCAACCCCAACAACCUCCUCCUCAUCCACAGGAGGGGGUCCUCUAGGAGGGCCAGCACCGCCCAAGACCGCACCGCCGACGCCCAUCCAGCCCACGCAAUUCGCGCGGGUCUACGCAUCCGCCCACCCGCUACUUCUCCUUGGACUGCUCGCAUGGCGCUUCCCGGCUCUGGUCGCCGACCCGGUCGCGGAAAUGACGAGUGUCGUGCCGUUUCUCGCUGCGCUGCAGACUUUCUUCGUUAUGACGGUACUUCCUCCCGCCGGAUCCGCGCCUGCCACUUUGACCCCGGCAACAACGACAGUCGGUAAAGAGGACCGUCUGGAAGAAAAGGAGAAAGAGUCUGCUGUGCCGCGGUCGGAAAUCAUCAAGCCGAAUAAGGGUCCCUAUCGUCGCAAGGCGCCCUUUGCUUCGUCUUCGUCGUCUGCGUCGCCUGUUUUGGCUGUUGGGAGAGCUUUAACCACCCGAUUGACCCCAACCCUAAUCAGCCUCUUCCUCACAACCUUCCUCGCCACGCCGGCCCUCGCCCUCCUCCUCGUCCUCUUCGGCGCCCCCCUGACAACCCACAACGCGCAAACCCUCCUCUGCGCCGCCCACAUGGCCGUCCUGACGUCUAUCCCGCUCGUCUACGUCCACGGCGUCGACAGCACCGUCUGGAAGGACGUGUGGGGGUUCGCUCGCCCGGGCGAUCUCGUCUGGGGCGGGGCGUUGGGCGCUUGUGUGGGUGCUUGGUUGGGUGCGGUGCCUAUUCCGCUUGAUUGGGACCGCCCAUGGCAAGCCUUCCCGAUCACCAUCCUCGUCGGCGCAUACCUCGGCUACGCGGUGGGGUGUCUCCUCGGCCGGACGUGUCUGUUCGGGAGCGUGAUUGAUUUGUCGGAGUCGGGGGGUGCCGCUGAUGGGGAUGUUGACGCGGAGGUCAAGAAGAAUGAGUAGAUCAUUGAUCUCCCCUCCAUUCCCUUCAUUCAUUUCUUCCAUGCAUCCAUCCGCUUUACAGGGUGUAUGUAUGUCUACGCCUUUUGUUCCAUAUAUUCCCUUUUAUUAUAUUAUAUUAUACUAGAUACCCUUGUUUGUGCGAUGAGGGACGGUAUCUAUCUGUACUGUACUUCUUCUUUUCUUUUCUUCUUCUUUUCUUCUUCUUUUCUUCUUCUUGUUUUGUGGUGUGUAG